CUGCCUGCUGAGCAGCCAGACCCCCUGGCUGGGACCCUGUGCCCUCAGCUGGCCUCACGUGCAUGGAAUGGUGCUGUGCCCCGUGCCGGCAGGCUGGGCUCACCAUGGUGCCAGGUGCCAUCCUGGCACGAGGGAAGGAUGUGUGCAAGCGAAAUGGACUGCUCAUCCUGUCUGUGUUGUCUGUCACCGUGGGCUGCCUUCUCGGCUUCUUCCUGAGGACCCGUCGCCUCUCACCACAGGAAAUUAAUUACUUCCAGUUUCCUGGGGAGCUCUUGAUGAGGAUGUUGAAGAUGCUGAUCCUACCACUGGUGGUCUCCAGCUUGAUGUCCGGCCUCGCUUCCCUGGAUGCCAAGACCUCCAGCCGCCUGGGCAUCCUCACCGUGGCGUACUACCUGUGGACCACCUUCAUGGCAGUCAUCGUGGGCAUCAUCAUGGUCUCCAUCAUUCACCCAGGCGGGGUGGCCCAGAAGGAGACGACAGAGCAGAGCAGGAAGGCCAUCAUGAGCUCUGCCGAUGCCCUGCUGGACCUCAUCCGGUAA